AUGAUACGAAAUGUCGGCGUGUUGGACGGAGGCAGCAUUAAGCAUCAUCCAGGCUUUUAUUUCGCCGGGAACCCAGGUGACAUCCUUGGCCCCGAGCCUGAUCCCGACGCCGUAAUUGAUGGCACCGACUGCACGAUUAUCCCUGGCCUCAUUGACUCCAAAAUUGAUGCUGGCGUGGUGCCAGGGAUUCUCUCAACAUGUUCAGCGUAUGGAGUGACAACACUAAUCGAUUCAAGCAGCUCAUGUGCUGAGAGUCAGGCUAUGAGAAUCGCCGCCGCCGAUGAGCCUACUCUUCCUUCAUUUUUAGCUACGGGGUCGGCCAUCGUCGCUAGGGAUACGUCUCUUCCGACCCUAUCUAAUUAUGGUAGCAUGGAGGUAGUCACAACCGCCGACGAAGCCGAGCGAGUUGUGGAAUCUAAACUCACAUCAAGCCGAGCAGAUUUCAUCAAAGUCAUAGUGGACCAGCCGGGAUUAAACGCAAAUCUGCUCUCGGCUCUAGUAAGAGCGACACAUCGUCACGGCAAGCUGGCCAUUGCGCAUGCGGCACAGUCCAGUUCGUAUACCCUAGCUGUAGACGCGGGUUUUGAUGUUCUUUCACCUGUGCCAAUAGACGGGGAUAUUGAAUCCGGUGUGGUCGCCAGGAUAGUAGAGCGAGGGAUAGGUAUCAUUCCUACUCUCCGUUUUCUCCAGCAGGGCAUGCCCCUCUGGAAAAUUCACAAUCCCGAAUAUGAUUUAUCAUUUGCCUUUGCUGCGGUGAAAAGACUGUACGACGCAGGCGCCAUCAUAUGCGCUGGUACAUCAGCAAACACGUCAAGGCUCAUAACUGUUCCAUUCGGCCAAGGGCUUCAUGAUGAGCUCCAGCUACUCACAACGGCAGGUAUGUCAAAUUUAGAUGCCAUUCGUUCCGCGACUUGUCAACCUACGACUUUGUUUGGACUUCGCGACCGUGGAUUUGUGAGAAUUGGCUACAGAGCCGAUUUGAUACUGGUUGAAGGGAAUCCCCUGGAUGAUAUCAGGUUUUGCAGCAAAAUUCGCCGUGUUUGGAUAAGGGGAGUAGCAAUAAGCUUGUAA